AUGGCUCCGCCGUCUCCUAUAUUGCAAGAUCUGCAGUCAAAUAGAGAAGGCGGCUUUUUCUCCAUCACCCCUGGACUUCGCGAUGCAGAGCGUCGACAAUCUACGAUGGCUCAUCACGCUUUGCGCGCUGCGCAAAGCGAACAGGCAGUUGAAUUACAGGAGUCCUACGACAAGGACAGCUCAGCAAAAACCUCCGACGCGCAGGACCUAGUUGAGGCUAUGCAAGGCCUCACAAUCUUUUCUGGGUUGAGGCCUGGGUCGCGCCAGUUUCCAUUACCUCCUUUUGAAGCAUCCGUCCCCUUGGCGAAGCAACACGUCAACGAUACAGCUUGCACUACAUUUGCCAAUACAGAUGCCCAAGUUGAUAGAGUAAGCCCAAGAGCACCAAUCAAGGAUGAUUCUCGCAAUCAUCGAGAAGCCUUGCUUCCCAGGGAAGUUGGCGACAACGACAAAAUUCCGUUAGACAAGAUUGAACACGACAAUGAAGUCACUGAAUAUAUCACUGAGAAGGGCAAUGCCUCAGUAGCGCUUCCCGAGUUCCCCACAGAGCAAGAUGCACCUCAAGUCUUAUUCCAGCUAGUUGAGUGGCCUGCCAAACUUACUGACUCAAGGGAAGAUUUCGAAGAUCUUGCCCUCGACAACCUGACACCAGACAGCCCGGCAUCAUCCAUCAAGUCUGCAAGCUCAGACGAUGACUUUGAAAGGGUCACUGCGGAGAGACAUGAAACGCGACGAAAUGGCCAGCCUAGUGCAUGGAUAAGUUGGAUCUAG